GAGCUGUUAUCAUAUACAGCAGAUGCAUUCGAAGUAGACGGAUUUUUGAAGCUUGCAGGCGAGCUUACCCAGAAAGGAUUGUGCGUCGAUCUCAUUUAUGCCUAGUGGAGGGAAGCUUCAACUGAAAGGUGGGAAUCCUUGGGACAUCCACAAGAAAAAGGCAAAGAAAAAGAAGAAAAUCAAGGAAGAGGACGGUGAAGAAGCCCUGCAGGACGGUGACAUUCGCACGAAGGAUGGAAAAAUCAUAAAGGCAGGCGCAGUGUCAGUGCAGAGCAACCUCAAUUAUGAGCAAGAAUUUGCUCUUGAGAUGCAGAAGGCUAAGGAGGGGAAGGUAAAGAACACUCCAUGGGGAUCAUCGUUUAAACCGCCACCAGAGAUUCUCCAUGGUUAUUCAGCACCGGUGACAGGGAAAACAGCACAGGAGCGGCUAGAUCUAAGAUGCGCAGUCAAAACAGACAAAUUUUGCAAAUAGGAUGGCAGACCUGGCGAGGCAGUGAGAAUACAUCUUAUAUAAUAAUUGGAGGGCUCCGAUUUAUGCUGGCAGCGAUAACACGCAAUUUCCUAAGUUGUAAGUUGGGUAGUGUACUUUUAGUAGAAAGACAAGGGCGUAUAGAACCAAAGCAAGGUCCAUAUACGAUUACAUAAUCGUGACGUUGUCCUAAUGAAUGUACAUGUUGGCAUGUAAAAGCAAGGAAAUUGGCAU